AUGAGUUCCGACGACGAUACCGAUAACCCCCGCAAAAGACGGCGCAUAGCUGCUCCCGAGACCAGUCCGUAUGUGCUUCGAGAGCUCAUAGAUUCAGUUCCGGUUGCUGGUGACGGGCCCGAGCAAGAUGCCUAUAUCACCUGUGUAGAAUAUUGGAACGAUAAUCUCUACAUCGGAACCUCUGCUGGAGAGGUCCUACAUUUCGUUUCCUUCCCUUCCGAUUCGCAAGGAUUGGACGAGCCGUCCUUCAUUUUGGCUUCCAGGCUAUCCAUCACGCCAUCACAAAGCAGCCUACCUCCGGACACACCUCUCGGAGUGCAGCAGAUACUCAUUCUACCUUCUACAUACAAAGCCUGCAUUCUAUGUAAUGGCGUCGUCACAUUUUACUCGCUCCCUGAGCUAAGUCCGACCUAUGGAACUACAAAAGUAGGCAACUGUAAAUGGAUUGGGGGGCUCGAUCUCAAUGAAUCACAUGAGGGUGCAGACCUGUUUGAUCCGGUGGUUAUGAUUGCAGUUUCCAACAGAAUAAUGCUUGUGAGAAUUGGCGACGAACCUCGAAGAGUGAGAAAUAUUGAGUUCCCAGGGUGUCUUGCAUCCGCUCGCAGAGAUACAAUUGCAUGCGUUGCAGAUGCAUAUUCCUACUCUCUAUUGGAAGUGGAGCACCGCCAGAAGAUCCCAUUAUUUCCAAUUUCUUCCUCAGAGGAAAGCUUUGAAUCUGGUCAUGUGGAAGACAUACCAGUUCGAACUGACACCCCUGUUCAAGGAAACCAACCUCCAUCGAUUUCAAAUGUCCCAGGACACGGUAGAAGCGCGAGUCUAAAUACACUAAGUAGCAUUGGGCACAUCCAACCAAACCCACAUCCAAACUUUCCCGAAAGAUCAAGCUCCAUAACUCAGGAGUCCUACAUGAAGAAUAGGACUCUCCCUGGUUCGCCAGGCUCCCCUGAGAAAAAAUCUCCUGAUUCAUCAGGACCAUCUUCAGAGAACGGUGGGCCAGGCUCCGACGGAUCGUCUCCGUUAUACCAAAAGCCAUUGCCACCCCCGCCUCCGAAACAAUCGACGACGCGACUCAAGCCACAUGUCGUAUCACCAACCGCUUCCGAAUUUCUUCUGGUUACGGGCACUGAGCCGUCGGAGCCUGGUGUGGGUAUGUUUGUUAAUGUCGAGGGGGAUGUGGUUCGGGGGACUCUUGAGUUUCGCAAAUACCCAAUGGCCAUUGUAGUCGAUGACGACAGUAACGAGGGAAACCAUCCGCGUACGAGUGACGAAAAUCAGAAUGGGUAUGUCUUGGCAGUUAUCAGCGCUGACGACGACGAGGACAGCCGAACAUAUCUUGAGGUGCAGAGGUGGAAUGCAGUUCCAGGGGAACGUAGGUUACAAAAGGCAUCGGUAGAAAUACCCUCAGCCAGCCCAUCUCCCGGCGCGGUUGGAAUUAAGCGUUCUGUCGGUGCCAGCCGUGCCUCCUUUUCAGAAAUCGUCGAGGUGAUGCGGAUGGUUCGAUUAAAGCUGUCCAGCGUAAUUUCGCCAACGAUUCCUUCAACACCCUUAGAGAAUAGCGACCCGAGAACCCGGGCCUCCCUCGAACAUCUACAAAAGGAAAGGGAGCUAUUUGAUAACCAGGACACCGACUCUGAGGGCCCAAAGCAUCCUUCUUCAUCGAGUGUUAACCGUGACUGGGAAGUUCAAAGGAACCAAGAAGAAGCCAAGUUUGCCCGUGGGCUCGCAACUGCCAACAGCAGUAUACUUCUCUGGGAAGGAAACAAAAUUUGGAGGGUUCUACGGAAUCCGCUGGCGCUGCAAUUGGAGAAUUCUCUCGAAUUGGCUAAGCAAACAAGUAGCACCGACGGGAAUGAGCCUGCUAUUGAUAGAGAAGCCAUUGUAGGUCUUAUCCAAGGACUUCAAGAUAUGGAACCCAAAACAGAAACAGAAUACAUCGGUUUGCGUUACGUCCGACAGAAGGCAAGUUUGCUUCUCUUUGUUGAUCUACUCUCCGCAAACGCUGCGUCUCGGGUCGAGUCGACGAUAAAAUCAACGGAAGAUGCGCUCGUCGCCGGGGAGCUCGACCCACGAGUGGUUCUUCUUUUAAUACCUCUACUUAAAGAUGAAGUACUUCAAGGCCCGCAAGGGAUCUGGGUAUACAAUGGCCUAGUCAAGGCGAUAUCAUCGCGUUUCAGUCCACCAGAUGUAGAAACAGAACAUAAACUACCGAAUUUUCGCAUCGAUGACGAUAUUCUUCACAUGAUUAGGCGUUACCUACUUGGUUGGCAGAAGAAACGAGGCUAUGGUAGUGUGACAGAUGAGACGUAUGUGUUUAAUAGUGUCGACGCUGCGUUGCUACAUUUACUGCUUUAUCUAGAUGCGAAACAUAUUCACGAAAGAAAUGCGCCACUUGGAGGUUCUCUGCGGUCAGAGCUGAACAAGCUUGUUGACAACUGGAAGGGUAACUUUGAUAGAGCUGUGCAUCUACUCGAAAGUUACAAUAGGCUUUUUGUGCUUAGCAGAUUGUAUCAGAGCCAGAAAAUGGCCAAGCAUGUUCUAGCAACCUGGCGAAGGAUAGUCGAGGGAGAAAAGGACGAAGGAGGGGAGCUAUCGGGGCCAGCAGCUGAUAUUCAGAUUCGAAAAUAUCUGGUAAAAAUCCGAGAUGCUCAUUUGGUUGAGGAGUAUGGUCCCUGGCUUGCUGCGCGCAACCCCAAACUUGGAAUCCAAGUCUUUGCGGAUGAGAGCAGCAGAGUGAAAUUCAGUCCACCGCAGGUAAUUUCACUGCUGCAAAAGCAUGCUCCAGGGGCUGUCCAAGAGUAUCUAGAGCACCUUGUUUUCACAAAAAAGGAUACCCAAUACGCCGAUGACCUUAUAGCCUACUAUCUCGACACAGUCCUCUCAAUCCUCGAAUCCUCCCCUGAAGCCCGCGCCUCGUUGACAGAAUCCUACUCAACCUACCGCGCGCUACAAGCCCCAAAACCUUCUUAUCUGAGCUUCAUCACUCACAACCACCCCCCAGAACCGUGGUGGCAAUCCCGCCUCCGCCUCCUCCAACUACUAGGAGGCGGCUCAACAACCCAAUUUACCUCCACAUCCCCUCCAACCAACCUUUCUUACUCCAUCUCCGCAGUGCUCGCUCGAAUCGAACCGUUCAAAAACGAGCUCGUCUCUGAAAACAUAAUCCUCGACGGCCGCCAAGGCCGCCACCGCGAGGCCCUCCGCCUCCUUACCCACGGCCUCAGCGACUACGACACCGCAAUUCGCUAUUGUGCGUACGGCGGACCAACCUGGUCCGCGCCACCAACGACAACAACAAGCGACACGGCCACAGCCGCGAGACAAGCUGAACUCUUCACCUACCUCCUCACAGAGUUCCUGCAGAUUGCAGACCCCGUCUGCCGCGCCGAGCGCACUAGCGAUCUGCUCGCGCGCUUCGCGUCGGUGUAUGAUAUUGCGGAUGUGCUCCGGUUGGUUCCAGACGAGUGGAGCGUGGAUAUCCUGAGCGAGUAUCUGGUGCGUGUUUUGCGGGGAGUCGUGAGUAGCGUGCGGGAGGCGAAGGUGCAACGGGCGCUUAGUGCGGGAUUGUAUUUGAGAGUUGACGCGGGAUUUGGGGAGAAACUGGAAAGCAUUGGAGGGUGGGUUGAGGGGGAGACGGGAGUUAGGGCAUUGAAAGGGAGCGGUGAAGUGAGGGAGGAUGUUGAGCAUGAAGGUGAUAAUGAUGGGGAGAGGUAUGGAGGUACGCCGGGGGAUUUGGUUGGGGGGAUUAUCGUGGAUGGGGACGGUAUUUUGCGAUGA